CAGGAUCAACCAGCUGACUUGGCAGGCUUGACCAGGACGUGGGGAUGCCGACACGGGAUGAUAUUUGUCACAUGCAUGGCUUGCUGAAGAACCAUGCUGAGACAUUUGACAGGAUCAACCAUCUGACUUGGCAGGCUUGACCAGGCCUCAGUCUUGUGUGUAACACGGAGCAAAACUUUCAGUCAGGCGUGUUGCUGUGCGUGCUCACUUGUUGGUAUGGCAUGCUAUGAUGCUUUCCUUCGAGCUGUUGCAGGACGUGGGGAUGCCGACACGGGAUGAUAUUUGUCACAUGCAUGGCUUGCUGAAGAACCAUGCUGAGAUAUUUGACAGGAUCAACCAUCUGACUUGGCAGGCUUGACCAGGCCACAGUCUUGAGUGUGACAUGAAGCAACCGUUAGUGAAGUUGGUUGCUGUGCGUGCACACUUGUUUUUUUGGCAUGUGUUGGCAUUGUCACGCAUCGAAACCGUUUUGGGUGUUUGCCGGAUGCAUUAUCAACAGCAAGAAUUCUGAUUCUUUGGAGUGGCAAACUCGUCCAUGCCCUUUGAGAGUUCUGCACUGCAAUGAAUGCCAGCUUGCCAGAAGCAGAACAAUUCCUUUUGCAGAAGUAUAUAGCGCCCUUUGUGUUGCUUUUGGGGUAGGUCAUGACGAACCAUAUCCAACUAACAUGCAAGCUCCUCCGUGUUUCCAUGUUAUAAGACCUUCAAAUUCAAUGACCGAAAGUCACAUGGUUAAAUGCACGCCGGACUCUUUUUUUGUUGAAUUAGUUUCACCCUGAGGCUUUUAGACCAUUCUCCUGAUCAGUGUCCCAGUGAAAGAGUCCAAUGAGUGCUGUCCAUCUCGCACCUCAUGUGCUGUCCAUCUCCGUCUCCGUCCGUCUUCCGUCCGCGACGCGCAGUCUUCCGCACCGUUUCGUGCAUGUUUUAACUGAGGCUCAAGCACCGGAGCAUGAACACGCUUCUGAUGUGCCACAGUGGGUGAAAGAGCACGAGAACGCCUGCUACGCCGCGUACGCGAAGCAGCCACCGGCCUUCCACCGACCCCGAGCGGAGGCGUGGCGCUGGCGCGCCCGGAGAGACUUUGUCAUGCCAGCGGUCGUGGCACCGUUUGGCCGGCCCGAACUCGAAUGCUUCAAGGAUCGAAAAUUGGCCAUGGCCACACGCCGGAUCUUGGAAGUUGCCAGGCAAUUGGCAGAUUCAGAGAAGAUGACUUGGCAGCAGAAGAAGAAGAGGAGAAAGAGGUUGCUACCUGUGGAGGUUCCAGGCAAGGUCUACCAGCUCUUCAAGCAGGCAUUCAACACGUACAAGCAGAUGCAACCUUGGAUGAGCGAUACCAUGAAGUUGAUGCUCAUGCGGGAGAUCAUUUGCAGCGUGCUCUACGUCGAGGAUCAAUUCUCCGAUCCACUCUUUUGGCGUAAGGUGGCUAAACCUUUGCAAGUGAUUGGCGUCGUGGUGCAUUUGACCAUCCCAGAACUGCCCAGGGCCAAAGCUGCAGAAGGGACGCGAGAGCCUUCUCCCCGAAAGGACGUGAAAGGACGGCAGAGGAGGUCACGUCCCAUCGAAGAGGACCUUGGGCCUCCAUACUACGCCACCUACGAGGUGGAUGCAGUGGAGUUCUCCCAGGAUAGCAUUGCAAAACGCUUCACCUGCGGCCGCUUUUUGGAAGACACAGUGGAUGAUUUGUUUACGGGGAAGGUGGAGCAUCUGAACACCAAAGCCUUCCCGUUCAUGCUUCUACUGGCCGUGAAAGUGGGUGACCGCAUCAUCAGUCGAUGCAACCGGCGGCUUUGGGCACUACGAGAGCUGCAGCGGCUGAAGCGAAAGAAAGAUCCUGAUGCCAUUGUGGAUGUGAAAGUGAAAGUCCGUGACAUCCUCAAUGAGACGGUCAAGGCCGUGGUCGAAGCUCGUGCCCCGGCCCCGAUCCUCAGCGCCCGCCGGGGGGCCUCAGCGAAACCCGGACCGGACGGAUGGUGAGGACGGGGACGGGUAUAGGACGAUGGAAGAGGGUUUGGAUCGUGCGGGGCAGGUGGACGCGGUCUUUCUUGACGCAGAUUCAGGGUGGAGGUUGGGGAGGCGGAGAGGAGGUGGAAUGGUUCAAUCAUGGCGGAGUCCCUAGAUCAAACAGCUGGUAGUGACACUAUGUUUGUGUCAUUUUGUUAGUGUUUGUGUGUGUAUGAUGGGUAAACAACUGUUCAAACAGAAGGCGCCAAACGAUUGCGUUAAGGAUCAUGUUCACCAAGGGCCAUCAGAGCAAACUCUUGAUCCAAAAUCCAAAGAGUUCAACUGGGUUAAGCUGACGCAAUCAAGAAAUAGCAAGCAUGCAGGGCAUUGUGCAAUGCCAACUCAUUCAUGUGCUGAAUAUGACAGAAACCUUGGAGAUAGACAUGGACUUUGCCACCCCCGUUGCGAAGUUCCUCUCAAUCACCCAGCCCGGAUGGUCGUGGAGCCGAAGUCCAAGGGACAUGACUGCCAGCUCCGCUCUGUAUAUAUACAUAGUUACAUCCAUCCAUCCACUCACUCACCCAUACAUACGUACAUACCUACGUACAUACAUACGUACAUACAUACACUCACUCACACACACACACACCCGGGUGUAAAUACAUGAUGUACUGUAGUCUGUGAGGGGGGAAAAGUUCAGAUCAUGAACUGAAUUGGGAUGUCAGCGGAAGUGAUCCCAGAUCCUGAGCGAGGCGACGCGGUAAGUGAUGGGGCGAGACCACGCGGUGUUCCAUGAAAGCAGUCCCACUGCAUGUUAUACCGUAAAUAGAUAUACUAAAAUGCUGUAUGCAUACUGAAAACUGUGAAAAAGAUCAUAUAUCACCUUUGCUUGAAAUAUGUGGGUUUCAUUCUGCCUCUUGGGCACGCGCGCGAGGGCUGAGAGACGGGCUGAAAGACGAGGAAGACAUUCAGGAUGACGGCUUUGAGGCUUUGUUCCAACACGCAGACGCUCCGGACCGCACAGAGGAUGUUGCGGACCGCACGGAGGGCGGAAGCGGCCGCCCACGAAAGCGGCAGCGCAUCGCCCCUGGUGAAGAUUGAGCAGCUUCCCGCAGGCCCACGUGGAUGUGGAUGUCACCGACCUCCGUUGCUCUCCGCUGCGCGAAAGCCCGUCGCCCGGACUCCCCCACGAUGACGAUGAGUGGCUAGAAGACGUGUACGGGGCGGUGCGUGGCGUGGCUUCCCAGUGAUCUUGCCAACGAGUGACUUCGCUGGUUGAUAAAUGAAAUCUUACUCUAUAACGAUAAUAGAAAAC